AUGGAAUUCCAACCAUACACCCCCCACCACUUCAACACCGCACCAGACAUCCACGAUGCCUACAAAACCUACGAGAGCCAGAAUCUAGAGUAUUUCAUUUGCACGACAAUCCGAGACAUGUUCGUCGCCCACAGCGUCCACAAUCUCUUCGGCCUCACUCUUCUCCACAACCACUUCAAGCUUGAAGAAGCGGAGAAGCUCGUUCAUGUCGACAACAUUGCGCAGCCCUGGAACGACCAUACGGCCCGCAAAGAGCUCCUGGCUGAUGUCGUCCCAACGCAAUGGCGUUUCACCGACAGCGGUAUCGCACCAUUCGAGUUCAGUUAG